AGAAAGAUGUGUACGUAAUGUAUCUGUGAUGGAUGACUAUGCAUCUUUGGGAAUAUCCCCAGAUCCAGAGGAGGUUCGAGAUAGUGAAAGAUCAACUAGAGUACGAAUUGCUCGGCAUGAUGAGAGAGAGAAAGGUUUGAGACUUCAUCAGAGUGUUCGUGAUGUGGUUGUUGGAAGUGGUGAAAUUAUUGUCGAUGACAUGAAGUUCACAGUUUCACACGUCGUAGAGCCUGUCGAAAGGGGAAUUGCAAAACUAAAUAAAACAUUCCAUCAGAUAUCUGAGAAUGUGAAACUGCACGAGGAGAGAAAACGGAGUUCUAAGGAUGAUAAUUAUCUUGUUCCCUUGAACUCAUGGACGAGGGAAUUUUCUGAUGUGCAUGAUAACCUUAUUGAAGGGAGUAGUAGUGACAGUGGUUUACCCGAUGGGAAGAGAUCACAGUCCACAUCCAAAGCAACAUCAUCUCGGUUUGUACACAGAUUAUUUUCCCUGUAAUUCAUUACAGAAGUAAACUUCAUAUGACAAAUAGAGUUUGAUUUCAUUUUCUGACAACAUCAGCACACCUGGUACAUAUACUCGACUCUGAAUGGUCUCUCAAUUUUCCAAUUAUGUUCAGAUAGAUCAUAGAUGGAUAUUGAAAAAUGAUAUAGAAGACAAGAUAAAGUCGUGAAGAUUAGGCUGCAGUACUUGGAUGCUAGAAAAUUUGAUGAUUAAGCAUUUCAUAAUGCGUGGAGGAUUCUUGAGGGCAGAUAUUGUCGAUGGCCUCUAUUCAAAGAGUUGCCGCAGAACCAGAAAAACGUAUAGGAGAACCAGCUGGUAGAACAGUUUCUCGUUUUUAUUUUUUGCUUAAAACAUUAAAACCAAAUGUCUCGAUUGUAGAGAGUGUACCAUAGAUGACUCUGGGUAGAAAUUUACAUCAGUCCUCACUCGGAAAAUAUACACCAUCAUUGUACACCUUCAAUACACAAUUCUUAAUUUUGUAUAUGAACUGUAGCUAUGUUUAUUGAUUAAGAUUUUUUAUUCGAAUGUAGAUUGUAUUCUGGUUACCUACUUAACUAUUAACCUAUUGUUGGAUCUCAAGCCUUCAUGGAGAACUCCACAAAUAGGUCAUUAGGAGUCAUCUUUAUUUUCAUAUUAGAACUGUGACUGUGACAGGCCAAGUUGGUCCUG